CUCUUUUCCUGUUGAAUGCUCGUUAACCUUGGGCUUUGAUGGUCGGGAGGCUUACAGAGCUAUGGCUCAGAAGCGAAAAUUCUCGGGGGAUCUGCCCAACCCCAAGAGAGUGCAAAAUCGGACAGCGCUGGACGAUGCCGACCCCAUCUACGAAGAAAAACACUCGGACGCCGAAUAUGACUUUUCGGACCACUCCAGUGUCGCUAGCGACAGUCUCAACGAGACACCAGCGACUCCCAUGUCGACGAUUUCCGCUCGAUAUCCAUCGGAGCUGAAAACUCACCGCUGCCCGUUUGACGGUUGCUCUAAGGCAUUCAACCGUCCAGCGCGACUUCAGGAGCAUCUGCGCUCACAUAAUAAUGAGAGACUCUUCCAAUGCACACACGAUGAUUGCGAUAAGACCUUUCUCCGGGCAUCGCACUUGAACCACCACAUCAAAAGCGCCCAUACCGGGGUCAGGGACUAUAUAUGCGAUCGCCCAGGAUGUGGAAAGAGCUUUGUGACUGGCUCCCGACUUCGUCGACACAUAGCUGCUCAUGAUGGGAGGGACAAGUACCGCUGCACAGAGUUUCCACCCUGUGAUGAGACCUUCCGGAAACACUCAACGCUUCAAAAACACAUCAUGAGUGUGCAUCUGAAGCAGAAGCCCUUUCCUUGUCCGCACGUUGACCCAACCACCGGUCAGAAAUGCCCCAUGGCAUUUGACAGCGCAGGCCACCUCCGAGCCCAUGAAAGCCGAGUCCAUGCCGAGAAGCGAUUCACCUGCGCCGAGUGCGCCCAGCAGGCUGAGCAUACCGAUCCAUCAUCCGAACCCCCUGCUAUUACAAUAACAUUCCCGACCUACGCCCUCCUCCAAGCCCACAUUCGAACUGUCCACCCACCACAAUGUCCCAACUGUGAUAUGACUUGUUCCACGGCCCGAGAGCUCCGCCGUCAUCUGGAAGUUAGCCACGGCAACGUCAGCCUGGAAGAACGGAAAGUUUUCCCCUGCACUGUCCCGGGCUGCGAUAGCAGCUUCACCAAAAAGGGCAACCUGACUGUGCACAUCCGCACCGUUCACCAAGGUGAAAAGCGUUUCAUCUGCGGUGAGACCGAUCUCUCCACGUCCAAACGGGUCAUCGGUUGGACAGGCGCCGACGGCUGCGGAAAACGUUACGGCAGUAAACUCGCCCUGGAAGAGCAUAUUCGAACCGCGCAUCUCGGCUUCCAGAAUGCCAAAGCCGAGCGUCGACAGCGUCUGGGACUGAGCAAGACACCGAGUCACCAAGCCGGUCCUUCUGCGCUGGCCGCCCUCACGGGCGAGGGUUACGCCGAAGAAACCGGUCGGCAAAUUGCGUGCUUUAUCGAAGGCUGUCCACAUCGGUUCCACCGUAACUACGAUCUGUGGGUACACAUGGGCAGUAAGCACGGGUGCACCGAGGACGAGAUCCGCGAUAUGUUCAUGCAGCGGGCGCUAUUGGCGGACGACAAUGAGCCCGUUACCGGAGAUAUCUUCGGUAUCUAUGGACUCGAGUUUGACAACGACGACUCCGCCUCGUACGAGCCGUAUAUCCUAAGCGACAUGGAUGCGGAGUCCAAACCCGGCCUAUACACUAUAGACGACUCCUCGAAUCACCCGGGCGAAUUUCCCAGCAGCUAUGCUGAUGUCAUGAUGCAAGAUGUCGACGAUUCCAAGAUACCCAGUGCUGAUGAUUUGGCGAUGAUUGAUCCUUUGUUGGCGUAUAAUAUGGCGGAUGCAUAAACUUGGACUACGUUGGACUUGUUUAUUCCCAUCUACCUACCCAUCUACCUACCUACCUACCUACCUACACCUUUCCGGGCUUUUAUAACGUAUUCACGAACCGACUCAGAACACGAAAUAAUGAAUGAUCUCUAUUUCUUGUCUUUCUUGGCUUCCAUCCGUACAUCCUAUCCCCUCUGUGUUCGCUUUUCGUCCUUCUAGUCUCAAAGGACCCUCUAGCUAGGUGACUUUAGAUAAUGAGAAAUGUCCC